AUGCAAGAGGCGACGACGAUCGAAGCCACUAAGUGGACGGAUGUCGUCAAGAAGAAAAAAAUGAGGAAACAUCCUCGCAGAAGGCGACCAAAUCCCCAUCGCAGGAGAAACAGAAGCAGAAUUUUACCGGAUAUCACAACAAUUAAUUCGGAAGUCAACUGUCAUCAGCUGGACGAACCGGCUGAUGCAUUUCAACAUAAAAGGCCAGAAUUAAUCAACAGAAUAGGUGUAGUGUUCCAACAACAUAAUGCGAGACCUAAUACAAGAUUGAUCUAUCACCAAAAGCUUUUACAGCUUGAAUGGGCUAGAAUGCCAGACGCACCAUAUUAUCUAGAACUGGCAUCUUCGGAUUAUUAUUUGUUACGGACACUGCAAAAUUUUUUAGACGGUAAAACCUUCACUUCAAAUGAGUUGGUCAAAUAUCACCUCGUUCGGUUUUUUGUCAGGAAACACCAAAAAUUUUAUGAUCGUCAAAUAAUUCUACUACCAGAAAGAUGGCAAAACGUAAUGAACCAGAAUUGCCAAUAA